UGGUCAUGGAGAUAUUUUAAGCGUUAGCUCGCUGAUUUCCGCCCACAUUUGCUCAGUGUGUGUUGUGUAAAGCGUCGUGUGUGGGUCUGUAGCCAUGUCCACGCUGUUUCCCUCUUUGCUCCCGCGGAUAACCGAGUCGCUGUGGUUCAAUCUGGACCGACCGUGUGUGGACGAGCCGGAGCUGCAGCAGCAGGAGCAGCAGCACCAAGCCUGGCUGCAGAGCAUCGCUGAGAAAGACAACAACCUGAUGCCUAUCGGUAAACCUAUUUUUGAGGCAGGCUAUGAAGAGGAGGAAGAAGAAGACGAUGAGGAUGAAGAAGACAGUGAAGAAGACUCAGAAGAUGAAGAAGACAUGCAGGACAUGGAUGAGAUGAAUGACUACAAUGAGUCAGCUGAUGAUGGCGAGAUCAAUGAGGUGGACAUGGAAGGGGCAGACCAAGACCAGGACCAGUGGAUGAUUUAAGACUCGACUUAGUCAAACUAUCAAGUCAGAUGUGCCAGCUGCUUCCUCACUCUGUGACACAGAUGUGUUUGUUCUUUGGCCGUGCAAGAUGAGAACAUGACUGGAUCAUCGUAAGAUACUUCAGGAGAAGGUCAGC